GACAUAUUUAUGUUUAGUUUUUAUAUUGUAUUAAAUUAAUUUAUUCUAGGCUAUAUCAUGGAAAAUUCUAUAAUAAAGCAUAUUUUUAUAACUAAUUUUCACCAUAAGAAAGGAUGUGAGAUAGAGGUGAUAUAUCCUGAAUUAGAUCUAACUGCAGCCAACAAUGAUUUUUUGAAAAAUUUGCCUAGUCUUAGUUUGCCUGAUGGUGCCCAUAAUUUUUCCCAAGAUUAUGUCUAUUUUACUCUUCCCAGAUUUAUUACAAAAGCCCUUCCUUUUUAUGGUGUAUCAUAUUAUAAACAAAUAAAUGCAAAAGAUUUUGCCAACAAAGACAAAGAUAUCACUAGGAGCACCGUACAAAAAAGUAUAUGCGUUUUAAGCACGAUGCCCUUAUUUGAGUACAUCAGAAAAAAAUUGAGCGAAGCCCUUGACGAAUAUUUUUCCUACGAAAAUUGCGAUUUUCAAGAAUUCUUAAAAAAAAUAUACUGCGAACUCAACACUUUGCUACCUUUAGAAAUGAAGGAAAAUCCGAAUCUCACCUAUCAAGGUCUAUCACCUUUAAUACUUUUUGAAUUGUUCCCGACCAAAUCCGUGCUUUUAUUGUUCAAACUCUUGCUCCUGGAGAAAAAAGUAUUAUUUUACGGUUCUAACACGGGCAUGUUAACCAAGACCAUCCUGCUUUUGCUGUCACUAUUUCCUAAAUUUCUCGUCAGAGACCUAUCAUCUUUAAAGCCAGCCCAGUCCCAUAAUAAGACUCAUAACUCAAUUCCAAGUCAAUACUUAUCUCUCAUCAAUCAAACACACGGUGAAUCCCACCAGAAGCCGUUUUCUAAAACUGAACCAUUGUUGACCGAUAAAUUAAAUCAGAGUCAAUUUUUUAUAGGCGAUUUUGGCAAAGAAAUGAAUGGCACAUCAGGAUUUCAAUCUUAUAUAAAGGACAUUAGGGGGGAUGAUAUUGGUUGCGAGAUGAAAGAUCGAAACAAUGGUAUCGAUGCUAAUUACUGCACUGACAAGAAUAGGAAAACGAGCAAUUUUUACGAUGUCUAUGAGACCAAUGCAAUAACAGCAAUCACGCAAACGCAGUGCUGCAAACCAUUGAAUUAUGAUUCACCAGAAAUUUUAGAUGCAUGUGGUUUUCCUUUGUCGAUGUACGAAGAAAUUGCCGUCUUAAAUGAUAAUGAUAGAGAAUCAGAAGAGGUGAUUGAAAUAGGCAUAUGGUGCCCUUACCUUUCCUUACCAUAUCUCGAUCUGAUGACAGACACUUCGAAGGCUACCGGCAUAAAUAAUUGCUUAAUUGGGGCAUCUAACGUGCUCUUCAAACAAAAGGCUUCCUCGAAUUUCGACGUUAUUGUUGAUCUCGACACCAAUCGCAUAGAUUUCCCGCUUAGCUUUAAUCAAAAUGUUGAAUCGAAUCAUUCACUCAAUGAUAUCGUCGGGAGGAAUAGAAUAAAUCCCCAAAUAGAUCUCCGAAAGAUUUUAAGUCUUACCUCAGCGGAUGCUAGAUUUCUUCAGUAUUUGAUCAGGAGGAUUAAAUUGUUUAAUUCCGAUACCUUUCGUUCUGACAUAACUCCCUUAUCAAAUAAUAUAUUUUCGAUAAAUAAUGGCGAUAACGUAAUAUCUUCAGCGAAUACCAUUGGUUCUGAUCUCGAUGAUAUUCCAACAAACACUUUAAAUAAUGACAUUCAUUCCAGUAUUUCAAGGUCAAAUGAUGAGAUUUUAAUAGAUGAUGUAAAAGUAUUAUAUCCAUAUGAACGCCAGUUAGAAAAUAAUGUUGGACAUGUGGAGCCCGUAAUGGAUACAUCCUCCGAAAAUGUAAAACUGGAUAUCGAAUACCCUACGAAACCUAAGAAUGACAGAUUAGACGUGGAACACGACGUUGCAGGAAUUAGCGACGAAAAAAUAAGUUUGAAAGAAAAUUCCGACAAUCGAAUUAUUGGUGACAAUUCUAAACCGCUUGGUAAUGCUGAAGAUAUAGAAUUUGAAGUCGAAUUACCGAAUGACGAAAUACAUGAAUCCCAAAAUAUCUUGGUGGAUGUAAAUAUCGUAACUUCCAUUAAGGAUUAUGAAGAUGGAUAUGUUAAUUCAUGCGAACCGAAUGAAUUGGGAACGAAUCAAAUUUAUCCAGAUGAAGAGGCGCGAGAAAACUAUUUUUCAUCGAGUUCUGGAAAGGAAUCCCAACUAAUCGAAAUAGGAACAGAACCUUAUCGAGUUUUCGGAAUGGCGGAUAGUAACGGUGACAUUGAUUUAGACUCGUGGAUACGAAAUCAGUUCGAGCUGUACCUCAUUUCUUUGCUAAGCACCACUCUUAUGUCGGAUGAUACCAAUCGUCCCAGAUUCGAAGACGAUUUUAAUCGUAGUUUUGUUCGGGCUUAUAAGGGGACCAAAAAUUACCGUAUUUGGAAAAGACGGAUUCAUUCCGGCAUAUCCGAAGUUCAGGCCGGCCAUCCAUUUCAGGGAUCGAUAGGUGGUAUGGACGUGAAAAUAAAGCUUUCCAAUGCUCUGGCCUACGGAGACAAAAGUAAGAAAAUAAUAAACGAAGCCGCCUUAACAGCUGGAAAGAAACUUGGCUUUGUUUGGAACAACACAAAAUCUACCAUAUCUUCCUUAUUCCAAUAAUUUUACAUAACACGAAAAUUAUUUUGCUCAAAAUGGAUGCAGUGUUAUUUCAUGCUACAAAGAAAAUCACUAUUAAAUAUAUUUAUUUUUGUAUUUGCUUUUUUUCAACAAAACUCAAAAAUUUAAUAUAUAUUUUUAUAAUCACGUUUCAAUUACUUCAUAUUUAUUCCAUAACUUAUUAAAACAUUAUAAUAAUUAAUAUUUUAUAUUAUGGAAAAGCAUUUACCUUUUUCAAUAAUAUUAAUAAAAUGCGUGUAGU